UUUUCCAUGCUGGCACUCUUGCUCGCUGUCAGUCAGUGGAAGGGUUUGGGACUGACCGUAUUCAGUUCUGCAUGGAUGUCUCUUCUCUAGACGUGGCAAGCUGCAGAGGGAAUCAGACUUCAUGGCCAGUGUAGACAGCAGCUGGAUCUCCUGGGGUGUGGGAGUCUUCAUUCUGAAGCCCCUGAAGUGGACUCUUUCCAGCGUGCUGGGUGACAGUAAAAUACCCGAGGAAGAGGAAGUUCUGAUUUAUGUGGAGCUGCUUCAGGAGAAGGCAGAGGAAGUUUAUCGCCUAUAUCAGAACUCUGCGCUUUCUUCUCACCCUGUUGUUGCCCUCUCAGAGCUGCGUUCCCUCUGUGCCAGUGUUUGUCCAGAUGAAAGGACGUUCUACUUGUUGCUGCUCCAGCUGCAAAAGGAAAAGAGGGUCACGAUCCUGGAACAGAAUGGAGAGAAGAUAGUGAAGUUUGCCCGAGGUCUUCAUGCCAAAGUCUCCCCAAUGAAUGAUGUGGACAUUGGAGUAUAUCAGUUGAUGCAAAGUGAACAGCUGCUGUCACAGAAGGUGGAGUCCCUUUCCCAGGAAGCAGAGAAGUGUAAAGAGGAUGCCCGGAGUGCUUGUAGAGCUGGGAAAAAGCAAUUGGCACUGAGAUGUUUGAAAUCCAAACGAAGGACAGAAAGGCGCAUUGAAGAACUUCACUCCAAGCUGGAUGCAGUGCAGGGGAUCUUGGAUCGUAUAUACGCCUCCCAGACUGACCAGAUGGUAUUUAAUGCCUAUCAGGCUGGUGUGGGAGCUCUGAAACUGUCUAUGAAGGAUGUUACUGUGGAGAAGGCAGAGAACCUGGUGGAUCAGAUACAAGAGCUUUGUGAUACUCAAGAUGAAGUAGCCCAGACGCUGGCUGGAGUGGGGAUCAAUGGUCUAGAGGUGGACACAGAAGAACUUGAGAAGGAGCUGGACAGUCUCCUCCAGGACUCAACUAAGGAGCCUGUAGAUCUGCCUCCCGUUCCCCAGAAGGUGCUGAAUCCACCUAUUUCUGAUGCUGAGCUUGAAGCUGAAUUGGAAAAGCUCUCCGUUUCUGAUGGAGAUUUGCUACAAAAGACUCCCUCUGCUUCCUCUGAACCCAAAACAGCUCUGGGACUGAAUCUCUAAAGACCCAACACUAUCCUGUUGCUGCAGUUUGAGAAGUUGUCUUAAGGUUCCUUAACUAAUGACUAGAACUUCUAGGGAGAGGGUUAACACUCCCAUGUUCUUCAUGGAUAUCACUUUGCUCAGCAACAGGAUCUCCUGCCGUGACAAUCCACUCUGGAACUGGCCCCAGCUGGUGUCUGUCAUCUCUGUGCCAACAUCUGCACUGGUCUCGACUUGUUAUCCCAAGUCAC